AUGGUUAGAAAAGUAAUUCUUGUGGCACUCUUGCCAUCUCUUGUCUUUGGAGCAGACCUGUCAAGUUCUCAAUCACAAUCCAUCACCAGCGUUGCAGCUCAAACUACUGCAAUCACGAGUUGUCACUUCCAUGGUGUAACACAGUUCUGUAUCAACGGCGAAGGAAAGGAAGGCUAUAUUUCACCUAAUCCAACUGCUACCACUUCAGCCCCAACUAGAUACACCGCUUGUCACUCUCAUGAAACUGAUGUAUUUUGUAUGGCAGGAUCUUCUGAGUUUCAAUUUAUUGUUGAGGAGGAGGAACAUUCAGACGACGCACAUUCACAUGAAGCACAUUCACAUGAAGCACAUUCACACGAAGCACAUUCACAAGAAACAGAUUCUCAGUCUCAAUCCAUCACCAGCGUUGCAGCUCAAACUACUGCAAUCACGAGUUGUCACUUCCAUGGUGUAACACAGUUCUGUAUCAACGGUGAAGGAAAGGAAGGCUAUAUUUCACCUAAUCCAACUGCUACCACUUCAGCUCCAACUAGUUACACCGCUUGUCACUCUCAUGAAACUGAUGUAUUUUGUAUGGCAGGAUCCUCUGAGUUUCAAUUCAUUGUUGCAGGCGAAAAGGCAGCCGAAUCCGGUGCUCUGGGAGAAUCAAGCUCUGGCGGUUUGAAUUGCCAUUUCCAUGCUGGUGUCGAACAUUGUGUGGGUAGUGAAGGCGAAGGCAGCGCAGAGAACACUUGCGAAAGAGUCGAAAGAGAUUACAAUAUUCCUUUGAGAAUUGGAACUCUCUUUGGUGUUUUGGCUGCAAGCGCAAUCGGGGUAUUCUUACCGAUGUUUGUGAGCAACUAUAAUAAUGCAUUCUUUGAAUUAGCUGUGAGCUUCCUUACUCAGUUUGGCACUGGAGUAAUCAUUUCGACAGCGUUAGUACAUUUGGUUACCCAUUCACAGUUGAUGUUCAGCAAUGAAUGUCUUGAAUUAAAGUAUGAGGGCACAGCCACGGCCAUUGUCAUGGCUGGUCUUUUUAUUGGUUUCUUAGUUGACUUUAUCUGUCAUAGAGUCUUAUUAGAGAGACAAAAGGUAGUGGAAAACGAUGCAAGUAACUCUGAAGAUGACGAAAAGCGUCCUGUCCAGACACAAAGUGUUGAACUUGAAACUUCGGAUAAAAUGUCGGUCAUUUUGCUUGAGGCUGGUAUUAUUUUCCACUCAGUGUUGAUCGGUGUCACAACCGUUGUGGCUGGAGAUUCAUACUACAUCACCUUAUUUAUUGUGGUGCUCUUCCACCAGGCAUUCGAGGGUGUUGCGCUUGGUUCAAGAAUUGCAAGCUUGACAAAAAGUAAUAUCUGGUUCAAGAUUCUCAUGGGUCUGGCAUUUGCGAUCACCACUCCAAUCGGAAUGGCAAUUGGUAUUGGAGCCUUGAAUCACUUCAACGGAAACAACCCUAGCACAGUUAUUGCUAUCGGUACUUUGGAUGCCUUUUCUGCAGGUGUGUUACUUUGGGUUGGUCUCAUCGAGAUGCUUGCCCAUGACUGGCUACAUGGCCCAUUAGCAAACGCAGGUUUGGUACGCAUCAGUUUGUCUCUAGUGGCCCUCGUUGCAGGACUUGUUUUGAUGAGCUUCUUGGGUAAAUGGGCCUAA